UUCGGUUUCUGUUGAGCCGAGGCAGCUUCGGAGCCUCCCCGUCGCCUGCACUACCUGAAGAGGACUGGUCGUUUGGCCCGCGCCUUGGGCCACUCCAGCAGCGGGCCGCGGGGCCUGUCACAGGCCACAGCUUCGGGACCAGCUGACAACCCUCCUCUCCAGCAAGAUGGCACAAUGGAACCAGCUGCAGCAGCUCGAUACACGAUACCUGGAGCAGCUUCACCAGUUGUACAGCGACAGCUUUCCUAUGGAGUUGCGGCAAUUCCUGGCCCCUUGGAUAGAGAGCCAGGACUGGGCAUAUGCUGCCAGUAAAGAGUCACAUGCCACCUUGGUCUUCCAUAACCUCUUGGGUGAGAUUGACCAGCAAUAUAGUCGCUUCCUACAGGAGUCAAAUGUCCUCUAUCAACACAACCUGAGAAGAAUCAAGCAGUUCCUGCAGAGCAGAUAUCUUGAAAAGCCAAUGGAGAUUGCCAGGAUUGUGGCUCGGUGCCUGUGGGAGGAGUCUCGUCUCCUUCAGACUGCAGCCACAGCUGCCCAGCAAGGAGGGCAAGCCAACCACCCCACAGCUGCUGUGGUGACAGAAAAACAACAGAUGCUAGAACAACACUUGCAGGAUGUGAGGAAAAGAGUACAGGAUCUGGAACAGAAGAUGAAAGUGGUGGAGAAUCUCCAGGAUGACUUUGAUUUCAACUACAAGACACUAAAAAGUCAAGGAGACAUGCAAGAUCUCAAUGGAAACAACCAGUCAGUGACUAGGCAAAAGAUGCAGCAGCUGGAACAGAUGCUGACUGCCCUGGACCAGAUGCGUAGGGGAAUUGUGAGUGAAUUAGCAGGGCUUCUUUCAGCGAUGGAGUACGUGCAGAAGACUCUCACAGAUGAGGAGCUAGCUGACUGGAAGAGGAGACAACAGAUUGCUUGUAUUGGAGGCCCUCCCAACAUCUGCCUAGAUCGCCUAGAGAACUGGAUAACUUCCUUAGCUGAAUCUCAGCUUCAGACUCGACAGCAGAUAAAGAAGCUAGAAGAAUUACAACAGAAAGUUUCCUACAAAGGGGACCCCAUUGUCCAACACCGACCGAUGCUGGAAGAGAGAAUUGUGGAGCUGUUUAGGAAUUUAAUGAAAAGUGCCUUUGUUGUGGAGCGGCAGCCCUGCAUGCCUAUGCACCCUGAUCGGCCCUUGGUCAUCAAGACGGGUGUUCAGUUCACUACCAAAGUCAGGUUAUUGGUCAAAUUUCCUGAGUUAAACUAUCAACUCAAAAUUAAAGUGUGCAUUGACAAAGACUCUGGUGACGUUGCAGCAUUAAGAGGAUCCCGGAAAUUCAACAUUCUGGGAACAAAUACGAAAGUGAUGAACAUGGAGGAAUCUAACAAUGGCAGCCUCUCUGCAGAGUUCAAACACUUGACCCUGAGGGAGCAGAGAUGUGGCAAUGGAGGCCGGGCCAAUUGUGAUGCUUCUCUCAUAGUGACUGAAGAACUUCAUCUCAUCACCUUUGAGACAGAAGUUUACCAUCAAGGCCUAAAGAUUGACUUGGAGACACACUCCUUACCUGUUGUGGUGAUCUCUAACAUUUGUCAGAUGCCAAAUGCCUGGGCUUCAAUCCUUUGGUAUAAUAUGUUGACCAAUAACCCCAAGAACGUUAACUUUUUCACGAAGCCCCCUAUCGGGACAUGGGAUCAAGUUGCUGAAGUGCUAAGCUGGCAGUUUUCUUCUACCACAAAGCGGGGCUUGAGCAUUGAGCAGUUGACUACACUAGCAGAGAAGCUCUUAGGACCUGGUGUGAAUUACUCAGGGUGCCAGAUCACAUGGGCCAAAUUUUGCAAAGAAAACAUGGCUGGCAAAGGUUUCUCUUUCUGGGUUUGGUUGGACAACAUUAUUGACCUUGUGAAAAAGUAUAUCUUGGCAUUGUGGAAUGAAGGAUAUAUAAUGGGCUUCAUUAGCAAGGAACGAGAGAGAGCCAUCCUGAGCACGAAACCCCCUGGGACCUUCCUGUUGAGGUUCAGCGAGAGCAGCAAAGAGGGAGGCAUCACCUUCACAUGGGUGGAGAAGGAUAUUAGUGGCAAGACCCAGAUCCAGUCAGUGGAACCAUACACCAAACAGCAGCUGAACAAUAUGUCCUUUGCCGAGAUCAUCAUGGGCUAUAAAAUCAUGGAUGCCACCAACAUCCUGGUGUCUCCCCUGGUCUAUCUCUACCCUGACAUUCCCAAGGAGGAGGCGUUUGGAAAGUAUUGCCGGCCAGAGAGCCAGGAACAUCCUGAAGCUGACCCAGGUAGUGCUGCCCCAUACCUGAAGACAAAGUUUAUCUGUGUGACCCCAACGACCUGCAGCAAUACCAUUGACCUGCCGAUGUCCCCCCGCACUUUAGAUUCAUUGAUGCAGUUUGGAAAUAAUGGUGAAGGAGCUGAGCCCUCAUCAGGAGGGGGACAGUUUGAGACCCUCACGUUUGACAUGGACUUGACUUCUGAGUGUGCAGCAUCCCCCAUGUGAUGGGCUAAGAAUGGAAACCACAGAAUUAUGUACCGGAGGCACCUAGAUCCUAGUCCCCUUUCCAAAAAAAAACCAAAAACCCCAGACCCAACAACUGAACCCCAGAUCAACUGAAACUCAUACCUUUGUGGCUCCAGAUCAUUUCCUUUGAUCUCCUGCAUCUCAUUUAUCCUUAUGUAAUUAGGCAGCUUUCUCCUAGAGAAAUGAGUGCUUCUAGGUUGUAUGCUAUUAACCAAACAGCAGUCCAAUGGUUCAUCCUUUGAGGCUGUGAUUGUUUGGGGUGGGAGAAUGGGGGUGGGGGAGGCAGGAGGGAGAAGAAAGGAAUGUGUGUUCAUGCUCUCCCUCCGACCUUCUUCCUCAGUAACUAUUUGGGGAUUUUUGUGUGUAUUCUGGAUUUUUCUGUUUUGUUUUUGUUUUGCUAGACAAGUGCCUACUGGUGCCAGCUGCAUCCAGUGCCUGUUUUGUAAGUUUCUGUCCCAGGCUGUGUCUGACUGCAUGCUGCCAGCACCCACUGCACCUAUUAUCUUGCUACCAUCCAAAUAGAAGGGAGGAUUCUUGAAUCCUCUAGAUUUCUUUUUAAACUUGGGAAAGUUAAAAGCAAAAGCAGAGAAACCCUAUUCUCUCCUGUAUCAAAGCUUUUUGUAAAAUGUAUUUAAGAUUCCUCAGAGACUUCUUGCAGGUAUUUAGCAGUCCCAGAUAGCAAUCUUUACUUUGACUCCUAGAGUGGGUUCAUGAAUUCAUUCAUCGAUUCAUUCAAUAAACAUGCUUAAAGUGCUGGGGACACAAAGAUAAAAUCUGACAUGAUCCCUGUCCUCAUGGAGCUUACAAUUGAUUACCUCAAAUGGUAGCUGAAGCUCUAAAGCUAUCGCUUGGCUUUUAGAACAGACAUGUUUGGGAAGAGCCUAAAACGAGAUAUAGAUAUAUAUAGAUAUAUAUAAGUAUAUAUAUAAUUUUUUUUUGGUAAAUCUUUUUUACUCCCUUUGCUAGUCUCUUACCUUAAGGCCUUAGUUUCUGGUUCUGAGCUUGGUUGUUAGGGUGCCUUAUUUGGGCUAGAGGGUUUCUUCCCUCUUCAGCCCGCAUGACCCUUCUGGCAGCACAUCCUCAUCUUCCCUUCUGCUUUCUAAAUCCCAUUGUUUUAGGAAUCCUGGUCUUGGAGCCUUGUGAAAUAGAUAAAUAAAAGAGCUGUGGGUACCAAGAAUAGUGUCAGGCCAUGAGCCUCACAAGGUGCCCUGUUGGUUUCAGGGGACAUGGCUCUCUCCUUGGGUUCUUGAACAUUUUCAGCACUUAUUUCACUUUUUAAAUGGUUAACUUCUAUUGUGGAAACAUACAGGAUUGUAGAAUGUUCCACUUCAAAGGAAUUUCAGGAGACUUUCUGCUGAGACCAGAGCUUGUACUUUGGUUCGGCUUGUGUUCUUGGCUUUCCCAAGCCUAGUGGUGAGUUAGAGGUCCCCCUUUUCAGAUCGGGAAGACCCCACUUCUCGUCUGGCCUUAAAUUGUUCUCAGGCCUCUUCUGGUGCUUCUCUUUUUGCCUUCCUAGUAAUAGCCAGCCAAAUGGUAGUGCACAUCUGUAGUAUUGUCCCAGGUGCUUUCUCAAAGAGGAUUUAGGUCUACUCUGUUCCAGAGGCAGCAGCUUGGGAUUUAAGGACCUUGACAAGUAUAUUCUCAGUUGUUCCCUAUCCUCAAAACCUUUGAGCUGAAUGAGAAGACUUACUUCCUGAGGAGCACUAAAGAAGUUAUUCUCUAUCUGAUUCAUCUUCCUGAUGAGGUGAAGUUGGCACCCAGUGUAAAUCCUUUUCCCUUUUUAGCAAAAGUCAGGAGCACCUUUUUAUAUAGGCUGGAAAAUUGAGGGCUGUGCUUGGGAGAACUCUUGGUUGCUAUUUUGCAAUGUGGGGCUGGAGGAGGAAUGGGUGCCUCAAAAUGCCCUAAGGGAGGGCAAGCAUUUAAAUUGAUUUUAUGGUGGCAUGUAUCUUUAUGUUUCUAAUUCUUGUGAUGACAGAAGCUGUAAAAGGAGACUUGAUUUAGCUUUUUCUACAUUUAGUUCUUUCCUCUCAAGAACAGUAUCUUGGGUAGGUCUACUGCCCUUCUCAAACUCUUUUCAAACCCCUCUCCCCCCUCAUCAUGCCCCCAAGGGGUUUCCCUUUUACCAGAUCAUCUUGUACAUUGGUUUUGUUUAUAAAACAACCUCUGAGCUGCUAACUUUUAAGUCCUCCUUGCAUUCUGAUUCCAGUGUAUACUUCAUACUGUAAAAAAAAAAAAGUUGGUUUUUGUAUAUUUUAUUGCUGUAUAUCUAUCUGCUUUUAACUUCUAGAAAUAAACAUUUUAAAGCAAUUA